AGCACCGCAAGAACAGCAACGACCAUUCGACGUUGUAGUCUUGCGCGUAACUCCGAGCACGCGACCUGAGAACCGAAACGAAGGCGCUGUCUCUUUACUCGUUCUUCAUUUCGUCACUGCUUUGCAAAUUCGUUCUAAGAAGUCAAAUGUUACUUUGCUAAAAACGGAGAUCGCUACACGUACAGGAUACUAAGAAAGUACCAGGAAAGAAUUCUGAGUCAUUCGAAGUGAACUGGAGCUACCAGAUAUCCUGUGGCGUUUCAAGGAUAUUAUUUCAUCCUUAAAAAUCGACAGUGAACAAGAAUUAAAGAUUCUGCGAAUAAUCUGACAGCGAUCCACGUCCAGAUGAUUGUACGCGUCACGCUUAUCGGGCUGUUCGCCAUUUGCAAUGGACUCCCAGUUUUGGAAGAACCGUCUGGUACCAUCGCAUCUGUCAAUUUUGACAACACACCCACCACGCCACCUACUGCAGCUGAUGAUGUAGAGGGUCAUCCUAUGGAUGAUAUUCUACCAGGAACUAAGGUACCUCCAAGCACCGUUGACUUCCUGGACGUGCCUCAACACACGGAAACCGAACUGGGAUCAUCCGUUCUAUUGGCUUGUAGAACUGUCAAUCCGGUUGCAGAGUGUCAAUGGUCUUGGCAGCCAUUGCCACCGGUGCAUCUGCCACUUCCGGAUAUAAACGAAAGCUCAUCACUGUCCACGUCUACUGCGGUUUCGCUCAACGCAACAACCUCCAAUACUCCAACCGCUCAAUCAUUACCAGUUCGUCUAUUUCCUGCAUUUGGAAAUAAUAGCAAUGAUUGCUCGGUACGAUUUUCGAGUACCAAACAUGAACAGGCUGGUUAUUGGACUUGUGCUGCGAGAAGUUCUCAGGAUGAUCCUUUUACUAGCACGGAACCAGCUAAGCUUAGUAUUAUUAAUGAUAAUCAGGAAGUAACCAUUGCUUUCGGUAAACACGAAGAAACUGUAGAGGCACAGGCUGGUUCCUCGACGCAAAUUAUGUGCAAAACAAAGACCCCAGUUCGCGAAUGCCAAUGGUCCUGGCGCCAGUUGAAUCAGUCUCAACCAUGGAAUUUGGAAGUGAAGAAAUUUCCAGCCUUUGGAAAUGACAGUACUGAGUGUAGUAUAAAAUUCAAAAAUGUUCUACCGGAACAAGAAGGCUUUUGGACCUGUGGAGCACGAACCCAUCCGAACGCAACAUUCACUCAAUCUACUCCAAUUAGAUUUUUAAUAUCCGAAGUCGAAUUCGUACAACUCUCUCGUGGCAUACAGAUAGCAGCCGGUGAAACGGUAUUCUUGCGAUGCCUAGCCAACAAACCUGUCGUUCAAUGUGAAUGGUCUUGGAAGGCAACUAAUUCUAGCGAGGACACAAUGAUAGUAAAGAAAUUCUCACCAAAUGAGGAUAAUGAUCACGACUGUUCAGUUAGAUUCAAGAACAUCCUCCACGAAGAGGAAGGUCUUUGGACCUGUGGAGUUCGUUUAACUCCGGGUGGAGUUCUUCACGAAGCUCCUCCUGCGACAGUCUCCCUUCUGCCAUCUGCCAAAUUGAGCUUUGCGGAAACCCCAGAAGACACAUCGGUACCAAUCGGCAGUGAAACUACCCUAAAAUGCGUGACCACUAGCCGCGUAGAAAAAUGUGCCUGGACAUGGAAGCCAUUAAGCGGAAGCGACAGUGAAAUCGUAGUUCGUGAGUUUCCAAGUAAGGGGGAUCUGGGUAGAGACUGUAGCCUUGAACUGGCGCAUGUCUUCACCGAAGAACAAGGUCACUGGGGCUGCAGAGUAUCAGUGACGACCCUGAACACAAUGUUGGCUUCGCCAAUAGCUAAACUCACAGUCUUCGAACAAGACGAUGUUCGGUUCUCUGAACUCUCCAAGGAUAUUCAAAUAUCUUCCGGAGGGACCGUCCUCCUACGAUGCGUCACUUCCGCGGCAGUGGAACAAUGCCGAUGGUCACUUACGCCAGCAAAUUCAAACACCACCGUUGUGGUAAAACAGUUUCCAGCUGCAGGUGCUGAAGGUCGGGACUGUAGCGUCCGGUUGAGCCACGCACUCGCAGAACAGGAAGGACUCUGGACAUGUGGCGCCAGGAUGCGUGGCCAACAUAAUUAUACAGAUGCACCAUCAGCUAAGCUCAGUCUCCUGCAACCAGAACCUGUUACCAUGAUACUUUGGGUUGCUACUCAUCAGAAGGUCUCUCUGGCGUGUAGGGUACGUCCUGUUUCACCAGAAGCCAAAUGUCAUUGGUUCCAUGCACCGAAUAUUCAUGUGCAACAGAAUAAUUCUACGAAGAUGACUAAAUACAAUGUACAAAUGAAUUACUCCUCGGGGAUAUGUACUCUGCAGCUUAAACCUGAUCAUACUGAUCUAGGACAAUGGACCUGCAGAUUUACCCUGAACAAUGAGAAUGGCAUAUUGGAAUUAGGAAGUACUGCUGUUGUACUUCUUAAUAAUGUGACUGAUGAAAAAUUGGGAUGGAUUGUAGGAGCUUUAACUACCAUGGUAUUAUUCCUUAUGAUCAUCGUCGCCGUCCUGGUCGUCUGCAAGGCUAAGCUCUUUACUCGACGUGUCCCGGAAGUCUCGGAAACUAUGUCCAAUACUGAGAGGAAACAAAACAAUCAAUUGUGCUCUGAUCGAUAUACUGAGGGACCAACAAAGAUAAAUUUCAGAUUUUCUGAUCAAAAUUCACUGGAUAGUUUACCAGAUGUAAAUUCUGUUAUACCAAAUAGAAGUCCACAUUUGUAUGAGCGUGUCGAAAAGUGUACUGUGCCUGUAUCGAAGACGUUAUACGAAAAUGUUAAAGGAUAAUUCUUGUUAUUUCUUAUAUUUGUUAUUAUUUUUUUAAGGUGUAUAAAGAAAUUUUACCUAA